AUGACCAUCUCCUAUUCGGAAUAUGACAAUGACGAAGCGAUUACCGGCUUCUUUACGAAGACCUCAGCAGCCCGUUCUGCAUGCGACGCUCGAGCAAUAGAACUCGUCGGAGGCAGCAUCGUCCCUGUCGAAGCGCAGGGCGCCUGUAGCUAUUCUGUCUAUGCUGGGCCUGACCUUGAAUAUGUCGUCCAAUUCCGGCUCAAGUCCCUAAAGCUCAAGACCGAGACUACCGCACUGGCACGCAAGAUAUACGGAGCUCUAGCGCCGAAGGUCUCAUUCAAAGGCGAAAUGGGGGAUAAUAUCGAAGGGAAAGAGUCUCUUUAUGUAUACGUGAUGUGCCGUAUACAGGGAAUCGCCCACUUAGACUUCAUCUUGGCACAUGGCUUUCCCGAGAACUCGCAAGAAAACUUUACCCGGCGCAAGACCUUUAUGAUAGAUAUAGCACGUUUCUUUGCAAUCUCGUGGAAAACUCCCCAGAGAGUCGACUCUGCGUAUCGAGACCAACUAGGUCAGACAUAUACCAAAGAGCUAGGACUUUUGCUCUCUGCCUUGCCAAGUCGAUUCCAUGCCAUAAUCGAGCAUUGUAUCAGGUCGAUGGAUGACGUUCUGUCCUUACCAAUGGUACUUCUCCACCAAGACUUGAGCACCUGCAACAUCAUGGUCGACGAGACGUCAUGUCACCUGGUUGGCGUCAUUGACUGGGCAGAAGCUGAGAUCUGCCCGUUUGGGCUAAACCUUGACACUCUGCAAGCCUUUGCAGGCAAGCUCCAUCUUCGGGACGGCUGGUCACGUUAUCAAGAUUACGCCGACUUACAGAAUACAUUUUGGGACGUUUUCACGGAGGAGGUGGGAGGCUUGGCGGAGGACAAGAUACAAGCCAUCAAGCUGGCGAGGAUCACAGGCUUACUGCUUUCUCAUGGCUUCACCAGACGGCUUGCAAAUGAGCCCCCUGCCGUCCCAAUUGGUGACGAUGAGCAUGGGCGCUACAACAUGCUAUCUCUAGACGGGUUCCUGAUCAAUCCAGCAACCCGGUUCGAGGAUCUUGCUUGA